CAUAGAUUAAAUAUGGUCGCAGAGCUGUAAAAGAGAUUUAAAGAAUAAUGGACUCUAAAAAGAUAUCAUUCGGGUUUAGCAAAAUAUCCAAAAAUACCAAUUUGUUCCCAAUAAAUAAAGGAAAGGAAAAAGUAGAAACCAAAAUAGAGCUUAUAAAAUGUUUAGAAGGUCAAGAAAUAAAAUUAGUGGAAGAGAAGAAACCCGAAGCUUUAAUAGUUAUACCUUUAAAGGAAAACACCAAAACUUCUGCUGCACUCGCCAGUUUGAUUAAAAGACGCGCUGUUUUAUUAGGCGAAGCAGACGAACCGCCACCUGAAGAACCCGUAUGCAAAGAAGUCUCUACCACAACCAAUGGCAAAAGUGGAUAUGCCAACAGCGAGAGUUUGGAGGAAAUGGCGGCACGCGAAUUACUAGCUUCAGUACAAAAUAACGGUAGCGAGCCAGUUGACCAAAAUCUUGUGCUACCUGCUUUGAAAGCAGACGAGUUACCACUUGAGGGCGCUAAACAGUCGUCAAUGGACGAUUAUGAGAGUAUCCCUAUAGAACAAUUUGGUAAAGCUAUGUUACGGGGUAUGGGCUGGGUAGAGCCCGUUCAAAAAAAAGGUAAACCGACAGAAGAUGAAAUGCCAUUCGUCCGUCCAAAGGGAAUGGGUUUGGGUGCUGAUAAAGCACUAAAGAAGCAGCCUUUACUAGUAGCUCCCGAAAAGAAUGAAGUGCUUGAAGUCAAGAAACAGGCGUAUGUGCGCAUACUGGGUGGAAAGCAUAAAGACUUGUAUGGUCAAAUAGAGGGUUUCGACGAUCAUGCUGGACGCGUGAUUGUCAAAAUGGCAAUUGGCGGAGCUAAAGAAGCAUUUAACGAGUUUUUAUGUCAACCAGUAUCUAGAAAAGAGUUCGCACAAUACGGAAAAUGCAUCAAUACAGCGAAAUAUGAAGAAUAUAAAAGAAUGGAAAAUGAACAUGGACAAAUUGUUAUUAAAAAGGAGGAAACCGAUACAAAGUUAAGUGGGUAUAAUAAAAAGAGCGAAUAUAAAAAUGAAUUUGACGACAACAGCAAAUCUGAAAAUAAUGGCAGAGAUAAACGCGAUGAAAGGCGAACAAAUAAUUGGCCCAUAUCGAAAUCGACACAACAAAGUAAGUACGAGAGCGGAAGGCAGCGUUGUGAUAAUCAGAGCAGUUCCCGCCGCCCUCACUCCAGUAAUGGUGACCGAGAAGAAGACACCAGACGACGUGACGAUUAUAAGAGUAGCAACUCGCGACGUUAUGUGUUAGAUGAGCAACGGAGUGGCUCUAGUCGUCGAGAACGUUACGAUGAACGCCGCAAUGAUGAAGGUAAACUCAAGCGUGCAUCAUCAAGGGGCACCAGUCGGACAGAUUAUGAACAGCAGCGUAUGCCAUCAGCUAGUGGUAGUAGCAGACGUCAACAGUACACCGAUGAUACCAGUGCUUCUUCAGGUACGGACAGCGAUUCAGACUCGGCUUAUGAGCGUAAGCAUAAAAAGAAAUCAAGCCACAAGUCAAAAGCUAAAAAGAAGGAUGCUAAAAAAUCGAAACGUAAGCACCGACAUAGAGCAACCGACACAGAGAUCUCGUCGAACAGUGAUAGUGCAGAGGAUGAAGAUGCAAAUCGAAAUAGGCGGGAAAAGAAGCAGCACAAGAAGAAGACGAAGAAGAGCAAGAAGCCCCGUUCAAGGUCCCGUUCUCAUGACCGUAGCAGCAGGAGGUGACUUUUGCUGAAGCGAUAAUGAAUUCCAUACGUAAUUUAGCUUAUGCUUAAACUGGAGUCAUUAGAAUCUUAUAUGAAAAUGAAACUCAUUUGUUCACAAUUAUUUGAGUAACCCUCAUUCAUAAUGUAAACACGUACGUACUAAUUUUUUAGGUAUUAUAUGUAUUUAAUAUUUGUGAAAUAAUCGUGUUUGUAUUUAAAUAUGUAUUUCGCCAGUAGGAAAAAUGCUUAACUAUACUUUAGGGUUCGAACACUUAAUUUCUUUCACAUUAAAUAAAUCACAAUUACAAUGAGAUUACUUGGAUGUAAGCCUUUAAAUGCGUAAAUGAAUCACGAUGGCGACAAAGUCGAAAUGAUAGAUGAAGAUGGUAAUUCCAGUACUAUUUGAGAUAUCUUAUCUCGUCGAUAAGUGACUCGAGAUUUUCUUAUAGGAUUAUGAACGAGUACUCAACUGGAUGUUAUCAAAGGUUAUUUUUUUGUUUAAUGGCACUAAGCUUUAAUGGUAACAUUUUAAAGAAAUGUCCACUUUCUUGUGAUGUAAAACUACAUGAAAUAAGUAUUAUUGGUUGAUGAAGUAUUUUGCAUUCUUUAUAACUACAUUCGAUUGCAAAUUUUUUGGUGAUUUGCUUAAAUAUUUGUUCAAUGUGUCUUUGAUGUUUUAGAUAAAGCUUACUCACUAGAAAUCUAUGUAGUAGAGGAUCAAACUUUCAAUACAGAAUAUCGUAAUAUUUAAUAUCUAUUUGAUAAAUUUGCGCAUAUUCGCUCAUUAUUUAUUAUUUAAAUUCUUAAUAUUUCAUGAUUUCGAUAAUUUAAUUAGCUUUGGUCAUAUGCUUUUUACAUUAAAUGGAAAUGUUGAACAUAAAAAGGUGCAAUCAGCAUAUGGAGUUUCCAUGAAGUUUUGUUAUAAAUGACAUUAUGAACCUAUAAUGCCACAAAUUCAUAGCUAAGACAAAUAAAUUAUUUAAAAUGUAAAAGAAGAUCGUGCGUGAAGUGUAGAACGAAAUUUGAAAAAAAAAAACC